UACUAGAACACUAGAAUAUUAACACUAGAAUACUACGAUACUACGAUACUGCCGACGCUGACCCACGUGACGAGUGCCUGAUGUCAGUUACUAACAAUGACGCCCGCAUGCCGUCGAUCGACCGGCCGACUCGGGCUCCACAUCCGAUAUUCCAUACACAUACUAGUAACUACUAACAUACUCCCUUGCCAGUCCGAUAACGAGCCGGUCUCGAGGCUGAUCUCUUGGUUUCUCAGACGUCGUUUGUGCAGCUUCAAAGAGACAAUCUGAGCGCGCUGCGAAUUUCAUCCGUGAUUGACUGAGAAGCUGCCUCAUCAUCCGCGGCUGCCUUCCAGAUCCGUCGCAUUACUAACUAACGGGUGCUUCAUCUGCCCCACGCCCCUUCCCAGAAUUGCGGUGCUCGUCGCAUCGCGACCAUUGUGUGAUAGCUGCUUGUUAUCUGUCCCAGACACUGUAGACGAUCGCGUGGAACCGGCGACUGACAAGGAGAGAAGAAUAUGGCAACUCUAUCCAGCAUGCAGAUCGACAACCCAGGCGGUGGAACGGGACAAGGGCCCAACCUGGUCAAUCGGCUCCAUGAAAGCAGGUCACCAUACGUCAGAGGCCAUAUGCACAAUCCAGUUGCCUGGCAGCUUUGGGACUCGCAGUCAAUUGAUUUGGCGAGGAGAUACAACAGGCUGAUCUUUCUGAGCAUCGGCUAUUCGGCAUGUCACUGGUGUCACGUUAUGGAAAAGGAAUCGUUCAUGUCUCCGGAGGUAGCCGCGAUCUUGAACGAGUCGUUCAUUCCUAUUAAGGUGGACCGAGAGGAGAGACCAGAUGUCGACGACGUGUACAUGAACUACGUGCAGGCCACCACAGGUUCUGGAGGCUGGCCACUGAACGUCUUCCUGACACCGGACCUCGAACCCGUGUUUGGAGGCACGUACUGGCCUGGACCCAACUCAAGCUCGCUUCCUCCUCGUGGGAGUGUAGAUGGCCCCAUCGGCUUCGUAGAUAUCCUCGAAAAGCUUCGAGACGUUUGGCAGACACAACAACAAAGGUGUCUGGAGAGUGCCAAGGAAAUCACGAGGCAGCUGAAGGAAUUCGCGGAGGAAGGGACACAUUCUCAGCAUGAGCCUCGCGAGGCUGACGAGGAUCUGGAGAUAGAGCUCUUGGAAGAAGCCUACCAGCACUUUGCCUCCAGAUACGACUCUGCCAAUGGUGGAUUCUCGAGAGCACCAAAAUUUCCCACUCCAGCAAAUCUAAGCUUCCUUCUACGACUUGGUUUAUAUCCUAGUGCGGUCUCUGAUAUUGUGGGUGAGACGGAAUGCGCCCAGGCGACGGCGAUGGCGGUUAAUACGCUCAUUAAGAUGGCUCGGGGAGGAAUCCGCGAUCAUAUCGGACAUGGCUUUGCGCGGUACAGUGUCACGGCUGACUGGGGCCUUCCCCAUUUCGAGAAGAUGCUCUAUGAUCAAGCACAGCUCUUGGAUGUGUACGUGGAUGCAUUUCGGGUGACGGCUGAACCGGAGUUACUGGGUGCCAUCUAUGAUCUCGUCACUUAUCUGACGAGCCCUCCUCUCCAAUCUGCAGCCGGCGGUUUCUACUCAUCCGAGGACGCUGACAGUUUCCCAACCCCCAACGACACAGAGAAACGGGAGGGUGCCUUUUACGUGUGGACGUUGAAGGAGUUCAAGCAAGUUCUUGGGCAGCGAGACGCUGGCGUGUGUGCCCGUCACUGGGGCGUCCUUCCGGAUGGCAACGUCGCUCCUGAGAAUGACCCGCACGAUGAGUUCAUGAAUCAAAACGUCCUUUCUGUCAAGGUGACCCCGAGCAAACUAGCCAAAGACUUCGGGUUGAGCGAAGAGGAGGUUGUCAAGAUCAUCAAGUCCGGGCGGCAAAAGCUCCGCGAAUACCGGGAUAAGACCCGUGUCCGUCCUGAUCUAGACGACAAAAUCAUUGUCGCGUGGAACGGACUUGCGAUUGGCGCACUCGCCAAGUGUAGUAUACUACUGGACGAGUUUGACAACGCAAGGGCGGUCCAAUGUAGAGAUGCAGCAGUAAAAGCUGUUAAUUUCAUCAAGGGUAAUCUCUUCGAGAAGAGGACAGGUCAACUGUGGCGCAUUUACCGCGACGGUAGCAGGGGAGAUACUCCAGGAUUCGCAGAUGAUUAUGCAUACCUAACAGAAGGCCUUCUUCAUUUGUAUGAAGCUACCUUCGAUGACAGCUACCUACAGUUUGCGCAGCAGUUGCAACAAUACCUCAACACACACUUCAUCGCUGAGGGCCCUGAUUCUUCGUCUGCUGGUUAUUACACGACGCCGGCAAAUAUGACGCCGGGAGUUCCUGGGCCUAUCCUCCGUCUUAAAGGAGGCACGGAAGCUGCGACGCCAUCCGUGAAUGGGGUCAUCGCACGGAACCUUCUUCGCCUGUCAGCGCUGCUCGAGGAAGAGAGCUACCGCAAGCUUGCACGCGAGACGUGUAAUGCAUUUUCGGUUGAGAUAAUGCAGCAUCCGUUCCUCUUUGUGGGACUCCUCGAUGUCGUGGUCGGACUAGACCUCGGUGUCCGAACCGUUGCCGGUAUCUUAUCCACGGCAGAUAUCACCUCGUCCGCCAUCCCACGUGGAGAUGGAGUGGUCAGCAAAUCCGACGAGCCGGUCUCCGCCCGAGACUUGUUGAUCAAGAAAGCCCGAGACGAAGCAGGACCAGCGACGUCCACAUCGACCGCUGCAGUGUCCCUCUUAGACAUCCGGCCCGCCUUCGUGGAAGAUAUGGCUUCGAACACAUCUAUAUGGCUGAAGGGGAUGAAUCCGCUCUUCAAGGACCUAAAGCCGGGCCAGCCGCCGAAGAACUUCUUGCUGGUUUGCGAAACCGGCAGCUGUCGGACGAUCGAUGUAUGAUGCUGAAGGGCGAAACCGGGCGCGAGGAAAAAAGAAAAGGAAAAAAAAAAGAAGGGAAGGUCGAAAAAAAGGAUCUAGUUCAGUUCAUUAUGGCGAGGCGCUGCGAUGGUGGCGCGAUUGGAGCAUUUUUGAGUGGUGUUUGGUGUGCAUUGCAUUGGAUUGCGAUUUAUUUUGUCGCUAUAUCUGUUUGAGUAACAUUUUUGUAUUUACUAUCUCAGCAUCAUAGAUGGAGGUUUCUUUGACUACUUUAGAAGGUCUGUCUUGCGGAAUAUUUAUGCAUGCUCCACCAAUGACAUUUAUCUUGACAUUUAUCUUUAU